AUCUCUCUCUCUCGUUGAUCCCUUUCACAACAAAGAAACGUCGCAACCAACACAUACAAUCCUUCCUCCUGGUUAGUCCCUUCUCAAUUUAUUUUUUCUUCCACAUCGUUACAGUUAGAUUGCUAUUGUCAGCUUCGAUUAGAAAUUUGAUUUGUUGAUCGAGCUUGAUUCCUAUACCGUCGUUCUUUUUCUGUAUUUUGUGUGGAGUUGAGGAGAGACAUAACAAUGUCAAGCGUAGAGGAUGUGAAAGAGCAAGGGAACCUCAACAAUGACGAAGAAAAGUCAAUGCCAUCAUCACAGCAAGAGGAGGCUGCUGUAAAGAACAAGUAUGGAGGACUCAUGCCAAAGAAACCACCACUCAUUUCAAAAGAUCAUGAACGAGCAUAUUUUGACUCAGCUGAUUGGGCUCUUGGAAAGCAAGGUGUUGCAAAGCCAAAGGGACCUUUAGAAGCUCUUCGUCCCAAGUUACAGCCAACGCAGCAGCAGACGCGUUACAGGAAGUCUCCAUGUGCUCCAUCCGGUGAAGAUGGAGCGGCUGCUCAGGGCGAAUGA